AUGAUGCUGCGUCUUACUGUCGCUAUGGCGGGUAUUCUCGCCUGCAGCCAAGCCAAAGAACUGGCCUAUGAUGGCGUAGUUCCGCUUCCGGAAACCGAGGAUUCCACGAACGAGUAUUCGCUUGCACUCCAGUUUAAGCCCCAACUCCUCGUCGACACCGGUUGUCACCCGUACCCUGCCGUUGAUGCUGACGGCAACACCAACGCCGGCCUCUCCCUGGUCAGUCUUAAAAGCUGCCAAAACCCUUCUCUCGGCUCUCAAAUUUAUGCUCGUGCUUCCGUUUACGAGGGCUCGUACGCUAUCAUGUACGCCUGGUAUUUUCCUCGAGACCGCAGAGGUGCUUUUGGCCACCGCCACGCAUGGGAACACGCCAUUCUAUGGCUCGACAGGACUGGGGGCGACGAUGCUACGAUCGAAGCCGUGUCAGCAGAAGUCGACGAUGGUGAGUACUUCACCAUUGAAGAUCCGACUGAAGACAUGGUUGACGACGAAACCAGCGUCAAGUUUAAGUACGAAGAAGAUGCUUUCAGUCACUACGUCAACGUCACAACGGAGGCCGGAGAAUUCCAGGAUUUGGUCGUGUGGGAAGACAUGCCCAAGGCUGCACGCACUGCACUGAAUCUCAAUGACUUUGGAGAAGCCACGGUACCCUUCAAUGAGGAGAACUUCCUAGACAACCUUGAGGGCGCCUAUCCGUUCUAA